AUGGCCGCUCUCUUCCUCAUUCUCUCCUCUCUCUUCGGCUCCGCCGCAGCCACAGCGGUCAACAACAGUUGCGGAUCAUGGGACGCUCCAUUGGUUCUCUGCAUCAACAAAUACGCCAGUGUUCUACCGGGGCACUUCUCUCGUGCCGUGUCCACUGACCCCUCCAUCACGGAUUCAUUUCACACGACGGUGGUUCCCGAUGACGCAACCUUUGCUUCUAUCCACAACGCAACGUUUCUCGUCUUCGACUUUGCACGAGCAAAAGGGAUCCUCGGGGCCCAUCCUUCCUUCAACAUCAUGUUCCACACUGCGCCGGUCCCCCAGGAAGCCCCGGUGUACGUCCCUGAACUUCAAAGGCUCUAUGUCACGCAGGUGUCGACGGGGCUCGUGAAGCAGAUUGUCAUCGAUGUCAGCGUCUCCCCGCCUACCAUGGAGUAUAUGACUGGCGAUCCACCGUUGUAUGCAGCCACCGGUUCCGUGUACCACAACGGCUUGGUCUAUUAUAGCACGACUGGCCGCAAUGGAAGUGAUCCAGCCUUCGUGACGAGUCCCGGCAUAUAUACCUUUGAUCCGAAGACAAACAAGACAGAGGCCCUGUUGAAUAAUUACUUCGGGUACUUCUUCAACGGGGCGGAUGAUCUCGCCAUUGAGAGGAACGGGGACGUCUGGUUCACGGAUGACUUCUACAGCUGGUUAGACAAAACCUCCACUGACCGACCCGCUCUCCCUCCAGCAAUAUACCGAUUCCGACCCAGCACCGGCGCCGUGCAAGUUGUGCACACAGGACUCCGCCAACCCAACGGAAUCCGGUUCUCCCCGUCGGGGAAGACGCUCUACGUAUCAGACACAGGUGCGGCGUCGGGGCCAUUGUCCGUCCCGUUCGACGAAAUCCACUAUACAUGGGAUAGUCGGGGCCCACGGACGUUAUUUGCGUUUGACGUGGUGCCCAGCGCCACGGAUAGUGAUGCCAGCGCGAUUGUUAGCGGACGUCCAAUCUAUCUCAGUCAAGACUGGGUGCCGGAUGGGAUCCAGGUUGCCAGGAAUGGAUAUAUAGUUACGGCGACUGGGCAGGGGGUGGAUGUGCUAGAUGAGAGUGGAGUGUUGUUGGCGAGGGUCCAGACGCCGUUUCGCGCAGCGAGUAUCGCUUUUGCUGGGGAGGGGUUGAGAGAUUUAUGGAUUGUCGGGACAGGGAAUAUUGCUAGGGUGAGGUGGAAUUUACAGGGCUAG